UCCAAUAACCAAGAUCAUUCAACAAUGCUUUCCUUUCCGUGGGCGCAUCGGUGCCGCGCCGGGAGCCGCGGGAGGUGCCGCCGGGUGCGCGGCGGCGCGGCGUUCGCCCUGCAUCCCGCACAGCGCGAGCAUCCCGCCCGCCCCGCGGCGCCGAGCAUCGCCCCCACGGCCACGAUGGCCAAACUCUUCUUCUGGGGCAUUCUUCUGGCCUUCUCCACCCGCUUCCAGGUGGUGCUUGCGGAGCAGGGUGCUGCGCCCUCCUGCCCGCCCCAGUGCCACUGCGAAGAGGAUGGCAUCAUGCUCUCGGUGGAUUGCUCCGAGCUGGGGCUUUCGGGGCUCCCCGCCAACCUCAGCCCUCUAACAGCUUACCUAGAUUUGAGCAUGAACAACAUCAGCCGGCUGCAGCCCCGCGCUCUCCGCCACCUGCGCUUCCUGGAGGAGCUACGCCUCUCUGGAAACCAGAUCUCCAGGAUCCCAGGGGAAGCUUUCUCUGGCCUUUACAGCCUGAAGAUUCUGAUGUUGCAGAACAAUCAGCUGAGUCGCAUCCCUGCAGAGGCACUGAGAGAUCUUCCAAACCUCCAAUCUCUACGCUUGGAUGCAAACCUUAUCUCUGUGGUGCCCGAGAAGAGCUUUGAGGGACUGCUCUCCUUACGUCACCUGUGGCUGGAUGAUAAUGCCCUGACGGAGAUCCCUGUUCAAGCCCUGAACCACCUGCCAGCGCUGCAAGCCAUGACCCUGGCUCUCAACCAGAUCUGGCACAUCCCUGAUUACGCCUUCCAGAACCUCAGCAGCCUCGUGGUGCUGCACCUGCACAACAACCGGAUCCAAAGCCUGGGAGCCAAUGGCUUUGAUGGGCUGCACAGCCUGGAAACCCUGGACCUAAACUACAAUGAGCUGCUGGAAUUCCCUGGGGCUAUCAAGACUCUGGGCCGACUGCAGGAGCUCGGUUUUCAUAACAACAACAUCAAAGCUAUUCCAGAGAACGCAUUUGUUGGGAAUCCCCUCCUCCAAACAAUCCAUUUUUAUGACAAUCCCAUCCAGUUUGUUGGACAAUCAGCUUUCCAGUACUUGCCAAAGCUCCACACUCUGUCGCUCAAUGGUGCAACAGACAUCAGAGAAUUCCCAGACCUUAAAGGCACCACCAGCCUAGAAGUUUUGACCUUGACCCGCGCUGGCAUCCAUUUACUCCCCAGAGGGAUGUGCCAGCAGCUGCCCAGCCUCCGAGUCCUAGAACUGUCACACAACCAAAUUGAAGAUCUGCCCAGUUUCCACCGGUGUCAGCGGCUGGAAGAACUUGGUCUCCAACACAACAGGAUCCAUGAAAUCAGAGCAGACACCUUUGUGCAGCUGAUUGCCCUGCGGUCCAUAGACCUGAGCUGGAAUUCCAUCCGGUUUAUUCACCCUGAAGCCUUUGUGACCCUGCACUCACUCACCAAGCUGGACUUGACUGAUAACCAACUGGCCACACUGCCUCUGGAUGGUUUGAGUGGACUGACCCAUCUGAAGCUCCAAGGCAACCCAGCUCUCUCUGAGCCCCUCACCAAGGAGAGUUUCCCCAAAAUGAGAGUCCUCGAGGUACCUUACGCCUACCAGUGUUGUGCCUAUGGAAGCUGUGGCAGCUUCUUCAAGAUGUCCAACCAGUGGGAGGCAGAAGACAUGAGCCCUGAGGAGGAGGAUCCCCACAAGAGGACCAUGGAAUUGUUUCCAGGUCAUGCUGAUAAUCAUUAUGACCUAGAUGCAGACGACCUCCAGCUGGACCUUGAGGAAUCAAAGCUGCACCCCACUAUUCAGUGCACACCAAGCCCUGGUCCCUUCAAGCCUUGUGAUAACUUGUUUGAGAGCUGGAUCAUCCGCCUGGGAGUCUGGGUCAUUGUUCUGGUCUCGGUGCUCUGCAAUGGGCUGGUCAUUCUGGCUGUCUUUGCCUCUCCCAGCUACCUCUCUCCAGUCAAGUUCCUCAUCGGCUCCAUAGCUGGAGCCAACAUGCUGACCGGUGUUUACUGCAGCAUGCUGGCUCUCGUCGACACCCUGACCUAUGGACAGUUUGCCAAAUAUGGCGCCAGGUGGGAGAGCGGCACAGGCUGCAGGGUGACAGGGUUCCUGUCGGUGUUUGCCUCUGAGGCUGCCAUCUUUCUGCUGACGUUGGCUGCCGUGCAGUGCAGCGUCUCCGUCUCCUGUGUGCGGGGCUACGGAAAGUCACCCUCCUUAGGCAAGGUCAAGGCUGCUGCCCUUUGCUGCAUGUUGCUGUCUUCUGUGGCUGCCGUUCUGCCUCUCUUCUCCAUUGGGGAAUACGGAGUAUCUCCUCUCUGUCUCCCGUAUCCCAUCCCAGAUGGGAAACCUGCCACGCUGGGCUUCACCGUGGCCUUGGUGAUGACAAACAUGCUCUGCUUCCUGACUAUCACGGGCACCUACAUCCGACUCUACUGUCACCUGCUUAAGGGGGAGUUCAGUGCUGUCUGGGACUGUGCCAUGGUCAAGCACGUGGCCUGGCUGAUCUUCACCAACUGCUUCCUCUACUGCCCAGUGGCUUUCCUCAUCUUUUCCUCCACACUCAACUUCUUCCUUAUCACUCCAGAGGUCAUCAAAUCUGUCCUUCUUGUAGUCCUGCCCCUGCCUGCCUGCCUGAACCCCUUGCUCUACCUGCUCUUCAACCCCCACUUCAGAGAUGACCUCCGUCUGCUGAGGCAGAAGGGCAAAGAGAAGGGGUGCUACACACAGUCCUGUGAGGUUGAUGACAUGGAGAAAAGCUCCUAUGACUCCACUCAGGCUCUGGUGACUUUCUCUGACAUCGACCACAUAUUCGAGACAACUGAUUCCCUGGGAGUGCACUCCAUCCUCGACAGCUACAGCUUCCCUUCCAUGACGCUUGUCCCCUGCCAGCAAAGGAUGGGCACCAGGGGGAAGGAGAAGGGCUUCUCUGAGCAUUGUCCCUGCCUCAAUGACAGUGAGGUGCUGAUCGCUUCAGAGAGCCAAGAUCCAGCUGACAGCAGCCUCCGGAUAGCCUUCUUCCCCUCCCCACCCACACCAGCCUACACAUCUCACUUGUAAACCUCAUCCGAGUAGCCGUGCCAAACCGCCGCACAGCACGCACUGAGGGCCAGCCCCAGCGCCGGGUGGCCAGCAAGGUGACAGCAGGCUGCUCCAUGCAAAGCACCAGUACAACCCACCUACCCUCACCCCCUAUCAUAUCUACCUGGGCAACCAGCACCGCUCUGCCUGAGCUCCAGAUACUCAGGCCAUGGGAGGAGAUAAACCAACUGCACCUAGGGACUGUCUGGGAGAGAGCCCCACCAGCUCAGGAGAUGGAUCACGGUGAUCAGCUUCCUCCCCAUCCUGCAGCAUCGCGAGCCAGGAGGAGCCUGCAGCAAAGCCAAGCACGUCUUCUCAAGGAAGAGACAAUUUAGCAAGAAAAAGUCAUUGCUCUGUGGCAGAAACACGUGGCAAUGGCCAACUGCAAUGACUUGGCCACCCAUAGGGACCUCGGGCCUUUUCCUCCAGGGUCCUCCAUAGGUCCCACAGACCCCCGGAAAUGAGCUUGCGUCUGCUCUGUGCCCAUCGACUGGAAAAGCAGAGGAAAUGGGUUAAAAGCAGUGUAUGCAGGUGUGCACCUGAGGUUCGGACUGCCUCCAUUUUGGGAGGCUCCACUUCAUCCACUGGGAGCUUUAUGGGAUGGGCAGGACCCCCACUUCCAGAUGAUACCGGGAGCUGGGAAUGCUCAGCUCCUCUUUCAGUCUGGCCCACAUUUUCCAGCAGGGGGGCUCUGAACCCUAAGGCAGCCAAAUCCAAACCCCUCCCCAGAGCAAUGUACGUGCUUUGCCUCAGGUUGCUCAGCAGCACCUGGCCAGGGCGCCCAAGGGAACACGGGGCUCCCUCCACCUUCAUCGCUCCCUGCCCCAGCCUGAGGCACUCCUGCCUCCAGCCACCUGGCUCCUAGGAAACGGGGGUCCGUGGAAAUGGGGUCCAAGUCACUCCUGAAAGAGGCUGUUGGUUCUUGGGUACACGUCCACCACUUUGAACAGCCGUGUCGGGGGCUGCAUUUGCCUCCCCUCUUUUAAGGACAGUCAGAUAUAAGGAGGGAACAGAAAUCAUCCGUGUGGGAUGAUGGCAUCAGGAGGACAUGGGACUCUUGGAACAGUCUCAAAUUUGCUCCCUGCAGCUCAGGGAUCUCCCAAAUCCAUCCUCUCCAUUACAAACCCUCCCACUGCCGCCCAUCACGGCAGGGAGCCAGCAAUCAGAGCUCAGGCCUUGGGCAAAGCUUUGGUUCUGCUGACGUUACUGCAGCUAUAUAAGUCAUUCAUUCUUGUGAGAUAAUAAAUGAGCCCCGUCGCUGACCAGUGAUCGACUUCUGUCCUCUUGCACAUGAAAAGCACCUUGAUGGUUCAUUCAGUGGCUGUCUGGCUGCCUCUCGCAGCCAAACCAGGCUGCUGCUGCUUGGAUGUUGUCUGUGUUGCCUGCGUGAGGACUGGGAAAUUGCAUUGUGUCCAUGUGAGCUGGCACCAUGCUCCCCACCUCACUCCUUCAGAGGACAGAGCCAAAUUGCCUGCCUCUAGGCAGCAGAGUUACAUCACCAGUGUCCCUUCUCCAGACCCCAUGGACCAGACUCGCCUUUAGGGUCAUCGUAUAAGGAGGUCUCCCAUACAAAGACAGACUCCCAGCCAGAGCCUAGCUCUGCUGCCUUCUUUUCACAUGAGCCUUGCAGUCUUAUGUCAAAGAGAAAAACUUAAGAGAUCAGGAGGAAGACAGAGGCGUGAAAUCCAAAGGUUAGAGAAGAGUAUGGGAAUCCCAAUUUUAGUGACAAAUUCAAAGCUCUGGGUGGGAACUACGAAAAGUAAGCCCCGUUGUAAUACUUGAAUCCUGAUUUAAACUUCUGACAUCCCACAGCUGCUCAGAAUCAGUUCUCAUGCUGUGCUCCUUAGAUACAGAGCUGAUUUCUUCCAUUUCCAUAGGGCAGCUCACACGCAAAAAAACUGGAAAACCUUUACACCAAGUUUGAGCUGUAGAACUACAUUUCUCCUUCAGAAGCGGGAUUAUACAUCCACGGCAUAAAUCCAAAUUCCUCAGCACAUACCAUAAGUCCAUAAGGAAAUCCCUAAUUAUAAGACACCCCGAAAUAAACCCCACUGACAUUGACACAAGAAGCAUAAAGAGUCCCAGAUUAACCGCAAGGCUCUCUUGCUGCACAGUUGCGGGCAGUGUUCAUGGCACUCUAGCAGGCGUUAGGGAACCCAGACGAACACUUGACAGUCAGCUGUCCCCAACGGAUGGAGCGUGUGAGCUCUCCAGGAGCACUGGGAGCACAGUCACACAUCAUCAUGGCAGCAGGAGCUGAGCAGCAUUUGGAAUAAAGUAAACAGGACAUUUCGUGGUCAGUGUAGCAGAAAUUGAGUCCCCAGUUGUCCCAGCUGGUAGAGAGGGUUUCCAAACUGUAUGGAAGUCGUCAGUGUGCAUGGACAGGCUGGAGAGCCUGUGGGGUAGAGCCAACAGCUUCCUCCUGGGAUGACAGCAGUUACAGCCCUCAUCCAGCCUGCCUGUCCCGUGCAGAGUCUCAGCCCAGCUGGGCGCAUCCCGCUGUGGUGUUGCCAUAGCUGCCUCAGGUGGUGACCACCAUGGGGCGAACCAGCCAGCAAACAGCGUUACAGACAUCCUUCAUGGUUCUGAACACAGAGGAACAGGCGAGUCUCAGUUCAAGACCAGUAGGAGUCUGACACCACCAGCUUUCCAGGGAUCCCACUCAUCACCUCUGGGGGUGGCUGAAGAGGGAAGAGCACGUGAGAGUGCCUUUCCCAGGAAAAGUCUCCUAAUCAUGGAAUUAUAAAAUCACAGAAUGGUUAGGGUUGGAAGGGACCUUAAAGAACAUCCAGCGUGAUGACCUUCAAGAUUGUCACACCUCCCACUGGAUCAGGGGCUCCAAGCCCCAUCCAACCAGGCUUUGAACACCUCCAGGGAUGGGGCAGCCACCACUGCUCUGGGCAACCUGGGCCAGGGCCUCCCCACCCUCACAGGGAAAUAUUUUUUCCCAAGAUCUCAUCUCAGUCUCCUCUCUUUCAACUGAAAACCGUUCACCCUCUUCCUGUCCCUGCACUUCCUGAUCAGGAGCCCCUCCCCAGCUUUCUUGGAGCCCCUUUCAGCACUGGAAGCUGCUCUAAGGUCUCCCCAAAGUCUUCUCCAGGCUGAACAACCCCAACUCUCUCAGCCUGUCCUUGUACAGGAGGUGCUCUGAUAACUACGAGGUUGAUGCAGAAACAGGCAUUGUCCUUCCCAAGAGCAAGGAAGCUGUGGAAAACUUCACUGUGGAACUGGGUAAAAGCCCUCCAGAGCAUGUGGGUCCCUCAUAGUUAAUGUGGAACUUCCCACCUUCUCUCUCACAGAUGAAUGGCCAGCAGCUCUACUGUUCUUGUGUGUGCUAGAGCGCAGCGCAGCCCAGCUGAGCCCUACAGCACCUCGCUCCAUCCCUCGGGGCAUCCACAGGAGGUGCUGCCCAUGUACAAUCGGAUCAUUACCCCCUGCUCACCCAUAAGCCCUGCUUCACCCUGUCUUAUACCUCAUUUGUGGCUUCGGGGACACGCAUGGAGGGUGUCCCUUGUGAGAGGGACAUUGCCUAAUGCCAAGGAAGGCUGCAGGGCACCUCUGGGGAAGGAGGGCUGCGAGAGCACCAGGCCACCCCACAGGGCUUUGAGUCCAGAAGGCAGACGAAUGGCAAAGCACAGGAGAACUUCAUUGUUGUUCCUUCUGAACCCUGUUCCCAGCGAGGGUCCGUAGGCUGCCGUCAUGGAAGCUCUGGUAAAACAGCUGCCCCUCAAAACCAGUGUCCAUCUCAUGGAAACUCAGGAGCUGUCUAGCCCAAAGAGAACAAAGGGCACAGAUCCUGCCCUGCAGAACCAGCUCUCAUCACGCUCAGAGCUCUUCCUCACGGUACUUCUGCACAGGUCAAGCUCCUUCCUUAGCUGUGUACAAUGUCACUGUUGAGCAGGAAUGAGAUCCAUUCCCUCUGCUUCCCCAGGGCCACAUGGACCUCUCAGAGCCCAUUUAGAGCUAAAUAUACCCUGAACCCCCCUCUGAUCUGUGGCCCUGGAAAGAUUUGUAAGAGAAAAGGAGGGAGCAUACACACCAAGCAUGUUCUGUCCGGACCCACAGAGGUGCCUGGGAAAGCGGGGAGGCUUAUGGAUCUCCAGAGGUGCAGGAAAGAGAAACCAGCAUCCUUCCCUUGGCUACUGUGGGCCAUAAAUCCAGAGAAUGAACUCUCUGGAAAAUGCUCAUUCAAGUGCCUUUCAUCACAUCUCUAAUAGCGUCCAUGUGGCUUUCCAUUCUACCAAACACUAAAUUCAGUAAUUAUCAAAAACAAAAGUAAAAGCAGUCCUACCCCAUUCCAUCUCCUUCCUAGCAGUUGGUUUGGCCCCUGCUGGUGCCAGGCUGACCACUUCCAGGCAGCUCAGCUCCCUGCCAGUCGUUAGGUAACUGGGCACCCUGCUGCUCCCCAGGCAACACAACCAGCCUGGACUCGAUGAGAAGCUCGACAUGAGCCGGCAAUGUGCACUCGCAGCCUGGAAGGUCAAUCGUGUCCUGGGCUGCAUCCAAAGCAGCGUGGCCAGCAGGGCGAGGGAGAGGAUUCUGCCCCUCUAUUCCUCUCUUGUGAGACCUCAUCUGGAGUAUUGUGUCCAGUUCUGGAAUCAUCAAUGUAAGAAGGAGAUGGAGCUGUUGGAAGGGGUCCAGAUGAUCGGAGGGCUGGAGCACCUUCCAUACGAGGGCAGGCUGGGAGAGUUGGGGUUGUUCAGCCUGGAGAAGAGAAGGCUCCGAGGAGACCUUAUAGUGACCUUCCAGUACCUGAAGGGGCUACAGAAAAGCUGGAGGGGGCUGUUCAUAAAGGCUUGUGGCGACAGGACCAGGGGGAAUGGGUACAAACUGGACAGGAGCAGAUUUAGACUAAACUUUAGGAAGAAUUUCUUUACUAUGAGAGUGGUGAGGCACUAGAACAGGUUGCCAAGGGAAGUUGUGUCUGCCCCAUCUCUGGAGGGGUUCAAGGCCGGGUUGGAUGGGCCUGGGGCAGCCUGAUCCAGUGGGAGGUGUCCCUGCCCAUGGCAGGGGUUGGAACUGGGUGGUAAUUAAGGUCCCUUCGAGCCCUAAGUAUUUUAUGAUUCCGUGAUUCUAUGACUCCCCAGUGGCAAUCAGGAGUCAGCUUGGGUUAUGUAGACCAGUGCUGGUCAGCGAAUGGAGGUGUGAAAUGACUUGAGCAAGCCCAGAACAGAAGGUCUUCUAGUACUGAAAGGGGCUAUGGGAAAGCUGGGGAAGGACUUUUAGGCGAGACUUCUUGUGACGGGACAAGGAGUAACAGUUUUAAACUAAGAGAGAGGAGAUUUAGAAUGGAUAUAAGGAAGAAAUUUUUCACACUGGGGGUGGUGAGACGCUGGCCCGGGUUGCCCAGGGAGGCAGUGGAGGCCUCAUCAUGGAAACAUUCCAAGUCAGGUUGGAUGGGGCUCUGAGCAACCUGAUCUGGUUAAAGAUGUCUCUGUUCCCACAGUGGGGUUGAACUGUAAAGGUCAUUUCCAACACAAAGCAUUCUGUGAUUCUAUGAAGUUCUUGCUCCCCAUCCACCAUCAGCAAGGACUCACAAGGCAGCUCUUCUGCCUCCUGGACGAAGCUUUGGCAGCGAGAUCCCUCACUGCUGGGAUACUUCCCUUCCAGAUGACCCUUUACGAGGACACCAAAUGUUAGCAUGGGCCUCCCACAGCAGCCAGAGGUCCUUGAGGCAUCAUGAGCUCUUUCCAUUAGAGACAAGGCUUCCAGCCUUGGGAAGGAGAUGUAUGCAACUAAGAGAGUGAGAGAGAUAUUUAGGCCUCCUCCUUCUAGCAAGGUGGCUCCUGGCAGGAAAAGAUCUGACUGCAAACCAGUGCUAGACCGCAGCCAGUGAGCUGGACCUCGUGGUUGGACAAGUGAAGCUGGGCUGUGAGUCCCAAUGUGGUACGGCUGCAGCUCUGCCACUGGGAUAGAGCCGAGUGGCUGCCCCCCACCUAGUAGCACCCUCCAACAGCCCAAGGGAGCGAGAGGGCGCAGAGGUGGGGGGACACAUUGAAAGGGAGGAGAACAAGGUCAUGCUGUGGGUUACAUCUGGGCUGAUGUGGUCUAUCCCAAGCAAAGGCCCUCGGGGUAGCUGGAUGACGUGCGGAGCUGCUCUGGAAGCCAUUGUCAGGGCUGGGCACCUUUGAGGUUUCCCUGCACGUCAGCAAGGCACUGUCAGGACACCCUGAAGGGGACAGACAGCAUGUUUCAGGGAAGAUUUUGGCCCUG